CGGCAAGGAACAAGAACCUACGCUAUUUAAUCGGAUUAACACCAUUAAUUGUAACAGUUUGGAAAACAAUGGAAACGAAAACCACCUAUGAGCUCGGAAGGAGGGUGAUCGAUAUGUUCCACAGCAAAGGGUUCUCUGAUGUUAAUAUCCAGUUCGAAACGGGACCCAAGAAAGGUGACGGAAUUGCUGGCGAAAUAUUUCACACCAUCAUCAGUGCGGUCAACAAGGAUGGAGUACCGCAGGUGUUGGAGACAGUCAUCAAGUGCGCCCCCACCAACCUAACCUUUCGCGCGACCAUGCCAGUAAGAAACUACUUUCUUAGAGAAACUUUGUAUUACAACAAAAUCGUACCAAUAUUCGAUAACCUGCAGGAUCAAUUCAAGUUAUGUGUGCCGCAGGAAAUGAGAUGCAUUCUCCCUAAAUGUUAUGGAUUCAGUGACGACUUCAGACAGGAAAUGUUAAUCCUCGACGACCUAACUAAGAAAGGAUUCCGUGUAGCGCCUAUACAGAGUGUAGACUACGACCAUGCUGUAAUCAUGCUCCAAACUAUGGCAAAGCUACAUGCUUUGUCUUUCAUUUACGAACAACGCUAUCCGAAAAGAUUUAGAGAAAUGGCGAACCAAAUAAGUGGACACUUAUGUACGCCAUUACCCGGAGGAGAAUUCACUGACAAAUGUUUGAUCCAACAUGGGGAAUAUACUAUGACACAAUUAUUAAAUGCCAUUACAGACGAAUCAUUGCGGGAACGAUUUGAGACAGCCGCGGGAACAAAUUCGUUUAAAAAACAUAUUGAACUUUCGAAAGCUGGACAAACCAUGGCCAUUCUGCACGGCGAUAACUGGCAUAAUAACCACAUGUUCAAAUAUAAGAACGGCAAGCCAAUAGAAGGAAUACCAAUAGACUUCCAGUGGUCAAGAUACGGCUCGAUAGCUCACGAUUUCAUGUAUUUAUUCUUAACUGAUUCCGGGGACUUGCGAAGAAAUCAUUUCCACCAGCUGGUAGACGUAUAUUACGCAGAACUGAAAGAAUUUCUGUCUCUCUGUGGAUAUGACGUUAACAAGUUUUGUUCCUACGAACAAUUCCAAGAGGAAUUGAAAAGUCAGGUGUUGAUAAGCACUGUCGUAUACAUUUUUUCUGCACCCUUUUUCAAAAAUCCUGAGUUAUCUCUCCCUGAAAGGUUGUCGUCCCCUGCAACAUACUACGCUGUGACUGAAGAAUAUAAACAAACUGUCAAUAAUAUGGUCACUGUUUGGGAUUCUUUUAAACGUUCUUUCGACUGUUAGUUGUAAUAGUCGAAAGAACGUUUAUAAUGUUAAUAAAUAUUUGGGGACAACCUUACACAGAUCGACCUAGCCCCAAACCACAAACUAAGCAAAGCUAAUACUGUAAUACCUACAUACUUAAAUUGAUAAAUAUAUACUUAAAAUAUGUACCUAUAUACUUAAGUACAUUGAAUAAUUUUGACUCACUUGUUUUAAGUCACUCGCGAGACAUGUUUCGGAGAGCCUAGGUCUCCUUUCUCAAGCACUAACAGUGCGAGCAACAAAAAAAACAAGUGAGUCUAAACCGUAAAAUUAUUUAAUGUUAGUAUGUCUUACAACAGUUUAAAUUCGAUGUAUAUACUUAAAUACGGAAAACACAAAUAAAUGGCGUAACCGGGAUUCGAACCCGGGACCAUCGGCUUCAUAGGCAGGGUCACUAGCCACUGGCAGGUCUUCUUGGUUGAUUGUACUUAUAAAAGAAAGUGCUUGCUUACACCCACAAACAUAACAUUCUAUUUAAGAUUUUAUAAAAUAAUGAGUUUGAAUUAUAAAAUUAUAAUUAUGUUUGUAGGCUUGUGGCCUCCAAAGAUGAACGACUCCCGGAAGAUGAACGUUUAGCUUAACAUGAUAGAGACAGACCAAGAAAAGUCUGCAGCGAUUUGGAUAACCCACGCAGUGCAAGUGUUAUUUUAAACGUCAAGCUUCUACCGGGUGUGGCCUGUAACAUGAGCAAAAAAUUAAACUGUAGGCUGUACUCCUCAUACUGACCAACAUUUGUUCAGCGACUUUUAAAAAUAACUUGUGGUUUGAUUUUUAUUACACUUUAAAGUUUAUUCUAAGACGCAAUGUAUUGCGAAUUGCGAAUUUUGUUAUGUUUAAGGCGUGACAAGCAACGUCAAUCACAAUAAUAUGGCGUGGCGAUGGCGUCCAUUGAAGAUAAUAUUUAUUUUGUAUGAAAAAUAGGGAGUCUAAAUACUUCAUAAUUUUAAAAAGUUGUUGAACAAAAGUGUCACCGUUUGAGGAGUACAAUCUAUGUUUUAAUUCUUUGCUCGUGUUACAGGCCACACCGUGUAUAAAUAUAUUCAGGCGUCUUACUAUAAUUCUACGUCGUUAAAUAAGUGUAUCAACUGUCAUGUACACUGACAAUUCGGCUGUCCCAUUUCAAAACCUAGUAAGUGACAAAUUUUUCAAUUUUUUUUUUUAUGUUAUUCCCAAGUAGCAUUGCAAGCUGUAUAUAAGCUGUAUUAAAGUUUAUUUUUAUACUAUAAGCUGUACAGUUAGGCUGUACAAAGGCUGUAUAAGCGCUUAUACAGCCCUUAUAAGUAAAAAAAGGGCCCAAAUUAUACAGCCUUUGGCGUUAUUAGAGCUGUAGAGUAGCUGUAUAAGCAAUACAUAAGCUGCAUAAUAGCUGCAUUACAGCUAUAUUUCGGUGUAAUCGGAAACCUUAACACUACAGAUAAUCUCUUAUAAGUACGAUAUAAGAAUAUAAGUUUUAAAUUAGUUAUAAGAAAGAAUUACAAGAGAAUAAUAAUCAUUUAAGAAACUAAAAUGUCUUAAUCUUGUUCAUUCGUAAUAUAGUAAUGGCGACAAUAAAGUGUUAUAGUGGAUGGUAAAAGUAAAAGUAAAUAUUAUACAGGACUUGAAUGGAAUUUUACAUUAUUGGUAAGUGCGGAUUAUUAUUUAUUGUGAACCUGUGUAUCUUUUCUGGCAAAAUAUUUACGCGCCUGCAAAAUAACAAAGAGAAACCAUAAGGAAAAUAUCAAAAAUCGGUAAAGUUACUGUUUCUUUUUAAGGUUAGAGUAUCAAAAAUAUUUAUAAAUAUUAAUUCUAAGGCUAAACAAUUUAUUUUAGCUGGUAAUCAUAACACGGCGUUAGUCUGCUAAAUAUUUGCAAGUAUUUCUUUAAUUAUAUUUACAAAUACGUUUUUUUAUUUCUUGUAAAAUGGCGACAAUUUUUAAACAGCCUACAGGAUAGUUGGAGAGCAUUAUAAUCUUAGUAGCUGUGCUGUGUAAUAAAUAGAGUGUCUUUUACAGCUUUUGUAAUUAAAACAGCUUUAUAAUAGAAUAUUUGUAUUCGUUUGGCUGUAUUUCGGUUCUCCGUACAUAAGUUAUAAUUCUCUUUAGAGAUCCGUAUAACAAAUAAAAAACCUGUACUGUAACUGUCAUUCAUUAAAAACAUUCGUAAAAACUAAAAAACUAAAACUGGUGCCUACGUCAAAUCAUGGGAUUAGUUGUCAAGCGGACCCCAGGCUCUCAUGAGCCGUGGCGAAAUGCCGGGAUAAAGCGAGGAAGAAGAAGACUGUAACUGUCAUAUAUUCCUUUAGUUUUAUAAUACACUUAUUUUCAGAAAUCAUUACACUACUAUACUUAUACGAGUGUAAAAUUACGCCAAAAGAUUGUUAUAAGCGACUCUAUCAGUAAUACAGAAAAAAGCUGUACUAUAGCUGCCAUUUAUUCAUUUGGUUUUAUAAUACCCUUACAGACAGAAGUUAUACAACUACUAUUCUUAUAGGAGAGUAAGAUUACGCCAUAAGAAAUAGCUUUAAAACGGGGUUGACAGAUACAUUUGUACAGCUACAAGUGCCAAGUGAUACUACAAUACAGCCUGUAUACAGCUUUUACGAUAAAAUUAGCUUGUAGUGUUUCAUAACACUUAAUGUUUUAAAACGGAGUUGACAGAUACUUUUGUACAGCUAAAAGUGCCAAGUGCAAGUACAAUACAGCCUGUAUACGGCUUUUACGAUAGAAUUAGCUUGUAGUCUCUCACAACACUUUUAGUUUUAUAGUAGAUUUUUUAUAUUCUGAUAAAGCACCCCAUGCUUCCGCAGAAUCCUUUAUAAUGAUUUUAUACAGCUUGAGCUGUAUAAUGUCUGUAAAGUACCUUUUAUACAGCUUAAAUCUUUUCUGACACUCUUAUACGUCCCUUAAAUCACUCUAA